ACAACUAAGUAUUUUUUUUAACAAGUUAAUAGUUUCGAGACAUCAAAGUAUUAAAUUGAAAUAUAAUAAAUUAUUUUUUAUGAAAACGAAGCAAGAUGGAUGAAGACAUUCAGGCUGAAAUGAUAUCAAGCAUAAAGUAUUGGUUUAGAUUAGUUAUUGGAGGAAUAUGUUUACCUGUUGUAUUUCCUUGGCUAGUUUAUCAGCUCUAUAAUUCCCGAUUGAAGAACAAAAUUCGUAGAAAUCGAUAUCUGGAAGAUAAAGUUGUUUUAAUAACAGGUGCUAGCUCAGGUUUAGGAGAAAGUCUUGCCCAUAAAUUUUAUACAGCAGGAAGUAAAGUAAUUUUAUCAGCAAGAAGAAAAGAAGAGUUAGAAAGAGUUAAAAACGAUUUAUUAAACUUAAAAGUUGAAAAAGCCCAUGAACCUGCAAUUUUAAUUUUAGACUUAAAUGAAUUAAAAGAGAUUCCAUUUAAAGCUAAAGAAGCUUUGGAUAUAUUUGGCAAAAUAGAUAUUCUUGUUAAUAAUGGUGGAAUAAGUUACAGAGGCGAGAUUAUAUCUACAUCAGUUGAUGUUGAUCUCAGAAUUUUAGUGGUAAAUUACCUUGGACAUGUUACUCUUACAAAAGCUUUAUUGCCAUCUCUGAUAAAGCAAAAUAAUGGACACAUCAUUGCCAUUAGCAGUAUCCAAGGGAAAAUAGCUAUUCCUUUCCGUUCAGCAUAUUCUGCUUCAAAACAUGCACUCCAAGCAUUUUUUGAUGUACUCAGAUCAGAACUUGGUGAAACCAACAUACAUGUUUGUAUUGUUAGCCCAGGUUACAUUAAAACUAACUUAUCCAUAAAUGCCCUCACUGAUACUGGAUCAACUUAUGGAGUUAUGGAUAAAACUACAAGUACAGGAAUGGAUCCAAAUGUUGUUGCAGAUGCCAUUAUAGAUGCAGUGCUACUUAGAAAAAAUGAAUUAAUUCUCUCAUCACUAUUACCUCAAUUAGCACUACUGAUAAGAAUAAUGUGGCCAUCAUUGUACUUUUACUUGAUGCAAAAGAGAGCAUAUCGCCUUCGUAAUGAAAAGAAAUUUGACUAGAAUAGUGAUUUCUUGCAAAUAAAGCCACUCCACCUUUGGUUAGAAAAAAGUAAAAAAAUAAAAUAUGGGGCCAUUUGUUCUAUGAAUAAGGAAUUAUUAAUCAUAAUGGUUAUGUUAAAAUAAAACUGUGUUGUUGUUAAUAAUGAUUUCACUAUAUAUUCACCAUUGUAAUAAGUGAAUGUUAAAAUUUAUUUUUAAAUAAAUGAAAAACUGUUUUAUAUAUAUUGA